UGUUGAUAACAAACACAUGUGACACAUGCAGUAAAAUAACAGAUAUGAGUACAAAAAUUAAAUUCCCAACAGAGAAGGAGAAGGCAGAAGGACUAAUUCUGGAUUAUGCUUUGGAUAAUAAUAUGUACCCUGUUAUUCAAGCUUUUACAGCUAAAGGCCCUCAAUAUUUGUUGGCUUACCGAGAAAGCGCCAUACCAGAUGGACGUAUUUUUUCACCAACAAUCCAUGCGAUAAUUGAACGUGAAGACGUGCAACAUUUCCAUAAAGUCAUCAAAAUGCUGAAACUGAUGUAUGGAAAACACCCAGAAGCAGUGCCUAUACGCAAAUUUUCAAAAAUUUUGACCAUAUUGAAGAUGAAGGUAAUGCUUUAUGUUCUUUCAAAAGAAUCUCAGUUCAGUAUACUUUUCUCUAAAUUGGAUGAGUACUUUCCAGUAAGGGAAUUUGAUACCUGCAUACCAACUAGCGUGAUUGAGAAAGAAUAUAUCCAGUCGAUUCAUAUGACUUGUAGGCGAGCUUUCGGGACCAUCAUUCUUAGCCAAUCAGACGAGAAGAUUCAUGCUAAAGAAUGCCUGGAGAAAAAGUAUGGCAGGAAAUUUAUGCAAAAAUUUCAGAGUUCCAUCAGAGACUUUCUGCAGAAAUUCAAAGCUUGUCUCCCAAUACCUAUUCUUCAAGAGGUUGUUAAUGAAGCACAAUGCUCACAGUCAUAUAAUCAUUUGUCAGUGUCGCCAAUCUCUUUACUGGAUUCAUUGUUCUUUAAAUGUUCCCAAAGUGCACCUUCAGAGACCUGGUUGCUAUCUGUCUUGGACAAGUUAUGGAGCAGUGAUGAUAAGUACAAUGACCAGUCAGAAUAUGUGGGAGAAAGCCAAAUAUUCAAUUUCCUUUGCUUAGGCUCAUCGAUGUCAUCACAAGCUACUCAAGGAGGAAGCGUGGUCAGUCAAUUACUCUCUCAAUUAGAUAGUGCCAGUCAGAAUUUUCUGAAUGAAAGCAGUGACUCGUCACCUAAUGCUACCAGUCAGAAUGUUCUUUAUAAAAGCAGUGACUCAUCACGUAUUGCAAAUUCUCCUUCACUAUUGAAAAGAUACAAAGAGGAUUCAAAUAAAUGUUAUGGAGAAUUGGCAGACAGUGUAAGAAGUUCUGAGAGCAGUAAAUCCACCAGGAUUUUUAGAAAGACCUGGGCUGAUAGCAUAAUGUCACAAAAUGAAAGAUUAGGUAAUGCGACAAUCAAGGUAUCUGGGAAUGUUGAUCUUCGAGAACAGAAUGUACCAGAGAAUACACAUUCUCAACAGCCUAAGGAACAUGUGUCAAAUAAUGAAGAUUCAUUACUUGAGUUUAACUUUAACGAUGGUAAUCAUGAGGCUCAGCACAACAUGUCAACAUCAUCAAUCCAGAAGACAUUUUUCUUUGUUCUAGCUGAUGGAACGGACCACACGUCAGAGCAUCCAGUGAAGCUGUUUGUCACACCAAAAAAUAUCUCAAUGUCAAACGUUGUUGAUGUGUUGUGCGAGGUUCUUGAAACAUGUACUUCAGAUAUUUGCUCCAAAUCACAUGACGAUCUUCCUAUGAAGAUGCUUAAUAACCCUGAGCAGUCUGGAAGAUUUGGAGAAAGUGAUUUAAAUAAUCCAGAGGAAAGAGAAAGUUUGUUUGAAUUCUUCAACUGCUAUUCAGAAGAUGAGCAGAACCCAAAUGCAAGUAAUGACCCAAGUGUAAAAGAAAGCGAAUCAUUGCCAGGAACCUCAGAAACCAACUUCAGUCGUUCUAGAAAAGUAGAUCCUGAGGAUGGCACAGAUUUGGCCCUGCCAGUGCGUGGUCAGGCUUCUCAAGCAACUGGACACAUUCAUUACCCAAAACAACUGGCAGAUGGGAUUGAGAAGCCAAGUGAACACCAACUGGAUCUAGAUAUUAACAAUACAAACCUUGAUGAAUUAUAUUUGAGGUUCAGCCCAGGAUAUGUAUCAACGCAAUUUGGAGAUGUCAGUCUUGAUACUAUAGAACCUAAGGAGAACAAUGAUGAUAAUGAAGGAAAAAAGACUGGCCAGUUGUGGCGCCAUAGAUGUGGUAGAACUACAGAGCCACUUGAUUUGUCAGCAGUCAGUGCAGAAAUGUCAUUUUGAGGACAAAAAAAAGAAAGACAUGGUAAGUUUUGAUAUUGAGUCAUCAAUUAUCUGCCUUAACCGAGUUUCAAUCACUUAAAUGUUGAUGCAUUAGCUAUGUUAUAGUUCAAUGAUACUAAGCAAUUACUAUACAAUAUAAUGUUACUUGUUUUUGUAAUAAAUUUCCUACUUCACUGCAUCAAUUAUUAUAAUGCACUUAGACCAUCUAUAAACAUCUGUUUCCAUUAUUAUUAUUAGGUGUACUGGAUGCAAACUAUAAGAUUAUUGGUGUCAUGUUUUCAUUUAUUUUCAGAAAUUGGAUCAAUGAUGUUUCUUAACUUCAAGACCAUAGCACUGUUACUCAAUCUUUUAUAGACUUAAAAAUGUAUAUUCCUUAUACAAUCAAAUCAUUUUUGUAUUUAAGUUUUCAAUAUGUCGGCAUUCUGAAGCCGCGGUCUGUACGGCAACAUAACGAAUUCAUAUAAUUUGCUAACAAAAAUGAGAAAUAUUUCCUUAAAAAAUAUUAGACUACCUGUAUGAAGUAUAAUACUUCAAUAAAAACCAAAAGUAAAUGCUUCAUCUAAAAAUUAUAUUUUCAAUAUAUUACAUAUAAUUACUAAAUACUUCUUUUUGACCAUCUAAUUUAGUGGUGUACAAACACAAUUUCAGAAAUACUAAGAACAAUAUUAAACUAAACACACACAAAAAUAAUUACUUUUUUUGUUUGAAUACAAAAUCUCAAAUUCAAUAAGUGAUAUACAAUAAUUAUUAGAAAAAUACACACUGUUCAAAGAGUAUUAAUA